AUGGCCAAGGCCCUCAGCUUUAAGCUCCUCGGCGGUCCGGCAGAGCAGAGGAAUGAACGAGGGACGAUCUUUGAGUUCAAGGAUCCUGAGGCACGAUCUGGACGCUUUCAGCACGUCUGUAUUCAGGCCGUGCUGUACAGCGUGUUUUUCACCAACACCACGGCACCCGCAUGUGUGAACCAGGCCGAUUUUAACCCAAUCCCACAUCAAACUCUUGCUCUCGUGCUCACUGUGAUUGAACACAUCAUUGAGCAGUGGGCAUCGGGGGUAUUCGACCGGAAUCUCAUGUUCAAGCGUGAAGUGUACCGACCCACAUAUCUUCGACAUCUCGGGGCGCUGGAUCGCUACGCUGAAGGGGAUUCCAGGGGGCAGUGGCGCAAAUAUUGUAAAUUCAUCUUUCGCCAGGGCCUCGCGUCAGGUGGUGCUCAGCGGGAGGCGGAACCAGAGGUUGCAAUAUCGGUGAUAAUUACUGAUGAGGAGGUGGCUGCAGACAUGGAGCUCCUAGGCAAUGAGCUCGUUGGCUUCGAGGACAGCUCGGAUGUCGAGCCAGACGAUUGGGCAGACCUUGAUGGGGAGAGGCUGGGAUCGGGGAUAUGA